UCGCUCGGAAUCGCAAUGGCUGGACCAUCCUGGCUGGUGGACAGUCAUAGAAUUGCAACAAAAAUCAGGAGCGCUUCUGGUGCUUCUGAUCCUGAGAAAGUAAAAUGGAAAAGCAAUCCAACCAGAGCCUGUCCAAAAUGCCAACAUAUCAUUGAUAACAGUGAUGUUGCACAGGAGUGGCCAGGAUUACCCAGGGGUGUGAAGUUUGAUCCAUCUGACUCAGAAAUUAUGUAUCAUUUGCUUGCAAAGGCUGGGUUAGAAGGUUUGAGAUCCCAUUCUUUUAUCAAUGAGUUUAUACCUACCGUUGAUGAAGAUGAUGGGAUCUGUUAUACGCAUCCUCAGAAUUUACCAGGUGUUAAACAAGAUGGAAGUGUAGCUCACUUUUUCCACCGGGCCAUUAAGGCUUACAAUACUGGGACUAGAAAGCGUCGAAAGAUUCUUGGUGAUGAUUUUGGUGAUGUUCGUUGGCAUAAGACGGGCAAUACUAAACCAGUGAUGGUUGAUGGCGUUCAAAAGGGGUGGAAAAAGAUUAUGGUUUUGUACACGAAUCUGGUCAGGGGAGGAAAAUCUGAAAAGGCUAAUUGGAAGAUGCACCAGUAUCACCUAGGAACUGAAGAGGAUGAGAAGGAUGGGGAGUUUGUAAUAUCUAAAAUUUUCUAUAAUCAUCAGCCGCAACAGCUCGAACAAGGUGAAAAUAAUGAACAAAAUAAUCGGGAAAGAGUUGAUGCUACAACAGUAAAAGUAGAUCCAGUCACUCCAAAGUCUGUGACCCCUGACCCACCUCAUACGGAGAGGCGAUCUUGUGAUUCUGAUCAGGUUCAGGAUUCUGCUUGUGGAGGCCCCCUUGCUCAGCACGUUGAGAUGCAGUGUGCGGAUCCUGAUGGUCAACUGGAAAUAGAAAAUCCCCAGCAUCAUGAGCAAACCUUACAAAAUUCUGCUCCGCAAAUGACAGUAGAGAAUGACCACCAGCCUGAGGAAGACGGAAAAUGGUGGGAUAGUGAGUCACAGAAUCUACUGGAUUCGCAACAGCUUGUGGAGGGAAUGUCCUUAUGUGACGAGUUUCUUCAAUCUCAAUCUCCUAAUAGAGAUGGAGACAUGAACCACCAUGUGGAGUCGAAAAAAAAACCCCUUCUUUCUGAUUAUGCUAAAUUAGGACCUGAUGACUUGAAGAAGGAUCUGGAGGAGUGCCACAAUCUGGCAAUUGAUCCAGCAAAUAUUGAGCUUGAUACCCCUCCUGAUUUUCGAUUGAGCCAGCUGGAAUUUGGAUCACAGGAUAGCUUUGUUGCUUGGGGCGGGAGCAAGGUGGUUGACUAGAUCGGAUUGAGGCAGUUUUUUGAUGUCAGGUUCAUGUAAAAUUGGCCCCCAUCACCUCCUAAUUCGUACUUUGUAACUGUGCAUUUAUUAGAAACUUGAGUUGUAAGUAAUGGCGACGCAGUUUUUGUUUCUAUGUCCUCUGAACUAAAACUCUUCUGACAUUGGUGAACAUGCAAAUGUUGUAAGACAUGUUUGAUAAAAGUAUAUGAAGCUUAUUUCCUAA